UAAGCCCAAUCGCUACACGAAAUGAAAUUAAUAGAUAUUACGAAGUUGAUAUUUAGCGUGAUGAGCUUAAAAGCACCAAAUUCGGCUUGUCGAAAAAAAAUGCAGGUUGUUGUUUUAAUUCCCAAAGUGCUGUCAUAUGUACGAAUAAAAAGUAGGGCUGUUGCUUGUGGAAACUGGUGGUGCACUGUGCUUGGACAAUUGUAAUGAGUGGUAGGUCCAUUGACAGGUAUAAUGUUUUUCUACCUUUACCUAUGGCUUCCUCUGACCUGCAAUGUUUCGGAAUCAAUAAAAUGUAAUGAAAUGUCAGUAUGUCGGAAAUUUCUUUUUUGAUUAAUUGAUGCUCGGUGGCCUUACUGACGUAAUAGCUAUCACCACAGUAAAAAAAAAGUAUUUUGCUUUGGUUAAACUUCGUUAUGAAGCAAAAGCGCCAUGAGAAUCUUUAGGCGUGUAUUUGCCACUGAUUCUUUCUUUCUUGAAUUGAAAAUAUACUCCUGUUUGCAGUUCCAACUACGACUACUUUGACUCCCAUGUGGAAGAAGCCGCUGCUCUGCUCGUUCGAGGCGACGCUGAGCCCGGACUUGGUGUUUCCCGACGAUGGCCUGUGCGACAUCAGCUUCUUCCAGGUCCGCGAGGAGAACUACACUUUACUUCGCGGCGACUCCGACGCGGCGUUCGGCGCCUUCCUAGCGGCCGCCGCUAAGCAGAACGUGACCGAACACGGAGUGAGCUUGGACUGCGACAAGUACGUGAAUACGUCUGAAGCACUGAAGGAACCCGCCGGCAGGAAAACUAUCAAAGAAUUGUGGGAAAAGAAGAUCUACCACUGGGCCUCCAUGAACACAUUUGUGUUGAAUCCUCCGGAGUUGAUCAUGGGCUUGUUCAACAUUAUGAAGGAUAUAAAAAAGAUUAUCGAAGAAGACAUAAAGCCAAAUCGUUCUCACUACGUCGUCUACACCGGUACUCUCAGACAACCCGUUCGGAUUGAGGCCGAAACAAAGUGGUUACAGACCAUCAUGUGGAUGGACGGCGUGGUGGCGUUGGCACACACUGUCGAGGACGACCGAUCGUGGAGUGCCGGCCGGAUGAUGCCACCCACCUUCUGGUUAGACCUGCAACUGUCCCACGUGUACAAGACCAAUAUGAGAUCAGCGCACCACGGCAUCGGGAAUUUUUCCAAAAGGGACAUUAAUGGCACUGCGCUCUACGUGUCGUUGUCUCUGGCAGCCAGGAACUACGUUCCUGAUGAGAAAUACGCCUUCCGGGCAGAGAUGCUGGAGGAACACGACCCGAUUUUCGUCGGCGUCAUGGACUACUGCGAGGACAAGGAGUUCCAUUUCGGUUUCCAGGACAAAGACCCCGUCGGUGCCUUCUACGUCAGCCGGACAAAGGAAAGGUUCAUCACUUUUGACGACUCGAGGUCCCUCGCGAUGAAGUUUUGUAGAGGGAAGAAGGACCUGACUGACGUCCGAUAUGGUUUAGUUGCUUUCAACACCGAGCUCGACGACCCCAAGAACGAGUGUGGCAAGGGUUCCUAUCCACGGCUCAAGUUACUCAGGAAGCUGGUGGACUUCUUCUACAACAAUUUCACUUCCCCCAGUGCGUAUGAGAAGUGUGUCAAGCUGACCUGAUUAUGUCUCACUGGCCGCAAAAGAGCCGAGGCUUUUCCAGUUGAAGAGAAAGUAAAUUAAGCAUGUGUGAGACAGCGCUGCCUCAGCAAAUUGGCGUUUAUCCCU